CCGACACCACCACCGCCGCCGCCAACAGUUGGUUUUCCGCCUGCUGCACCAAAAGCAGAAGACAUUAGUAGCAGCAAGAUCCAUCAGAUAGGCGAAACAGCAGGCACUAGCGACAUCAAAGGUCUAGAAAACCCUGGCACUGUUGAAGAUCUCCACAAGAAGUGCAAAGAUGUAUUUCCUGCCGUAUUUGAGGGUGCAAGGCUGAUAGUGAACAAAGGGCUUUGCAAUUACUUUCAGGCAUCUCACACAAUAAACCUGAGUGCCAUUGCACCAUCAGGUUACCGAUUUGGUGCAACAUAUGUGGGAACUAAACAGAUGUCUCCAACAGAAGCAUUUCCUGUACUUCUCGGCGAUAUAGAUCCUGAAGGAAAUCUAAAUGCAAAUAUCAUUCAUCAAUUUGGAACAAGAACAAGGACAAAGUUAGCAGCUCAGAUACAGAGUAAGGUAUUCACAGGAGUCCAGCUAACAACUGAUUACAAGGGAGAUGACUACACUGCAUCAUUGACCUUCGGAAACCUAGAUAUCAGCAAUGAAUUGGGUCUUAUCAUUGGUCACUAUUUACAAUCAGUUACGAAGAAUGUGGCACUUGGAGCUGAGCUAGGGUAUCAAUAUGGAGCAAAGGUGCCAGGAGGUCAAAUUGCCAUAGUUUCAGCUGUUGGAAGAUACACUGGAAAUAACUUCACAGUUAGUGGUGUUGUGGGUGGUGCUGGAGUCCACGUAUGUUACUAUGAAAAAGUAAGUGACCAGCUGCAGUUCGGAGUGGAGAUGGAUACAAAUCUGCGUAUGCAAGAAACUUUAGCUGUCAUUGGUUACCAAGUAGAUCUUCCCAAAGCAGAUGUGUGCUUCAGAGCUAUGAUUGACUCUAAUUGGACUGUUGGUGCUGUGCUGGAGAAGAAGUUACAGCCUCUACCAUUCUGCUUUUCACUGAGUGGUAUGCUGAAUCAUAGCAAAAACAAUUUUCGGUUAGCCUGUGGUAUCACGAUUGCUUGAAUAAAAAGUCAGUGCAUUUGAGGAAU